GAUCCAAAGAUCCAAGUGGGCAAAACCGUUUUCGCGUUCGCAACUGCCAUCGCCGCCACAACAGCUGUGAAUGAAGCCACUACCAGUACAGCAACCGGUUCGGUGCUAAAGGAAACUGUUUCUGAGGAUUGUUUCGCCUGUUCUAUAGUAUUGUUUUAUCAGAUUAGAGUUGCUGCAUCAUGUCCUCUUCUCUGAAGCAGCGGCACCAAGCCAAGAAGGACGAGAAGGAACCAUCGGGAGACGAAACCCAAAAGAUUGUGUCAAAUGAGAAGAAAGAGCAACCACCGUUCCGUCUCAUGGACUUGCUGGGAGGCGUCGGUGGAAUGAUUGAGUUCCGACUCUUCCAGAAAGUACCUGGUUGGGUGGAUGCGAGUUUGCCGCCUGGUACCACUUCAGAAUUGGAGAUGAACUUGUCCAAUCCGCAGUUGUGGAGCAUCCUGUCCGGUCACUCCAUUGUGUUCUCUCCCAACUUGGUCUGGUUCUCCGUGGCAAUGGGAUUGUAUGUCUUGGCGCCGUACGAUUAUGACCAGAUGAGAGCGGAAGGAAUGACCAUGCAGUGGUUUGUCCAACGAGCACUACUCAACACGGUUGUCAUGCUGGCAUACUACGGCUUUUGGCACACGACAUUGUAUGGUUUGGGAUGGGCCAAGCGACCAUUUGCCCAAGGACGUGUCUAUCGAUGGUCCAAGACAAUUCACAAUGUAUGGUACUGUCUGUUGGGAGUGCUGCAAUGGACUGGAUGGGAACUCAUCAUGGUGUACUUGUAUGCCAACAAUCGCAUUGGCUUCCAAUCCAAUGAGGACAUUUUCCAAAAUCCAAUGGAAAUGCUCAAGUUCUUUUUGGCCGUCAUCACGGUACCCGUAUUUCGAGAAAUCCAAUUCUUUUUUGCCCAUCGCACCAUCCAUUUGAGGUGUCUUUACAAGUACAUUCACGCUCUUCAUCACCGCAAUACAGAUGUGGAACCAUUCUCGGGGCUUUGCAUGAGCCCAGCAGAACAUCUCUACUACAUCUCUUCCAUUGCUCCCAGUGUAUAUUGGCAUGCCAGCCCCUUUCAGUUCCUUUGGAAUGGCAUUCAUUUAGUUUUGAGUCCGGGUGCUUCUCACAGUGGCUGGGAGGAUCAUUGGCACAGCGACCAAUUCCAUGUAGCACAUCAUCGCUAUUUUGAGUGCAACUAUGGGACUCCCGGUUUCCCAUUGGAUAUUUGGUUUGGAACCAUGCGAGAAACCAUGGCGCCCACAACUCGUGUCUACAAGGGAGUUGCAGAAGAAUGCGUUAGCAGACCAGAUGAAAAUCCGGUAAUCAUGGCGCGACCUGAUGCCAAAUCAACCCUGCUAGGGAUCCCUGCAUGGGAUCAAAUGCUGUACAUGGCAGCGACUGCCAUUGGAUUGCCUCUCUUUGUGAUUUACAAUGUCAACAAUCCACAAGUCCUUCCUGCAUCGCUUGCCGCCGCAGUGGUUUCACUCGGGCCCUUGGUCCUGGCAUCCCUGCUAUCCAUCAUUACAGCGAACCCCCCUAUUGAUUCCUGGGAAAAGUUACGAGUCGCAAUGCUAUAUCCAUUUCAAAAAGAGCCAAUUCUUGGCAAAUUCGGCCUGAGCCUUGUCUUGGGCACAGUACUUUCAAUCAUCCCUACCUAUCACUUCUUUGAGUCCCUCUUUGUGGAGGAUCCCAGUGACACAAUCUACAACAAAAUUUGGGCUUCCGGUUAGGGGCCAUCAAAAAGGCACAUAGUAGGAAGCUUGAUGAUCUUACUUCUAUUAGGUGUUGCCCUCCUGAACUAGCCAACCUGCUUCAACCAGAAUGUCGCUUUGUCGAUCCGCUAUACUAUCAACAUGCGCUCCGGUAGCUGUCUAUCCCAUCAGCAAUUGACAGUGCCAAUUUAUGCGUACCUGAAACUCGGGCACUGUCGCGAGGGUAUCGACAGUUCACGUUCAGCGAAUAGCAUGAUGUUUUCGAUCAUCUCUACGCACGCUACAAACCAUCCUUGGGAUAGCAUCGAUAGCAUCUAUUUCAACUUAAAAAGGUACCAAUCCAAAGUAGACACGAUCAGCUGUAACUGGGUUCGUUCUUGAUCAGCCAUUUCUCUGCUUGGCCCGACCACCACGAUCCCUUACGGCUGUCUCGGUUGGCUCACAACCUUUUACAGCACACACACGAUCGGGAUGAAGGAUUUUUAUGACAACCGGUCUCCUAAAAAUCCUCCUCUUCUCCUCCCUCAAAUUUUUAAAAAUUCCGCUUCCAUCUCCACAACCCCCAUGGUUUUCUUUAGUUGCAACCGGCACCACCAUUGCAUGACACUUCAUUGCCCCAGUUGCACAUCUGAAAUUCAACGUCAAAGAGGGUGCCCUGUGGACACUCCGAAAGACCACCAAAAACUGCACCACCAAAACAACUAUAAUACUCAGAACAAUCACUGUACGUGAAGAGUCCUGUGUAUCCAGGAGGGCAGCAAAGUUCACUGGAAGGCUCAGUUGGGGCAGUAACAGGUGUGGUCGUGGGCUGCCCUGGUGCGGCCGUGGGCCCGGCCGUGGGUGGACUCACUGGUGCUGGUGUGGGUGGCUUCGUUGGAGAACCAAUGGUGACUGGUGCGGGCGUGGGCGGGGGAGAACUCACUGGCGCUGCUGAGGGUGUCUUUGUUGGAGGAGUCGUUGGAAGGGCGGCCGGGGGAGAGUCAUUACAAGUGGCACCACCAUUGCAUGGCACUUGAGUGGCCGUGGGCCCGGCCGUGGGAGGACUCACUGGUGCUGGUGUGGGUGGCUUCGUUGGAGAACCCAUGGUGACUGGUGCAGGUGUGGGUGGGGGAGAACUCACUGGCGCUGCUGAUGGAUGCUUCGUUGGAGGAGCGACUGGGGGAGAGUCAUUACAAUCGGCAACACCAUUGCAUGACACUUCAUGGCUCCAGUUGCAAUACUGCAAGGCAGUGUCAAAGAGACUGCCCUGUGUACAAAGAAUAGGAGUGCCAACAACUGCACCAUUGACACAAUAAUAAUACUGAGCACAUUCACUAUAAGCCAAGAGCCCUGUGUAUCCAGGAGGGCAGCAAGGUUCACUGGUAGGCCCAUCCGGGGCAGUAACAGGAGCAGCCGUGGGCCCGGCCGUGGGAGG